AUGUUAGAUGGUAAAUCUUUCAGAGGUUUUCUCCGAGUUCACCUUAACCUUACCCGACCCAUUAACGUAGUUGCUGGAACUCGUCCCCCCUCAAUCUAUGAUAUAAUCAAUGAAGACGAACAAACCUGCCGACGUACUUUAACUUCAUUUUAUAUGCCUCGAAAUACAGUGAAAAAUAUUCACAUUACCAGUGAAUAUACAAGUAUAGACGUGAUUAAAGCGAUGUUGAAAAAAUUUAAGGUUGUUGAUAAUCCGCAAAAGUUUGCACUUUACCGUCGUUAUCCCGAUGAAUUUGGUGAAUCAAUUUUAAAAAGGAUUGGUGACAAUGAUUAUCCUCUUCAAAUUGCUCUUGAUUGGUGUGAUUGGCAGGAAAGACAAGUUGUCCUUCAAGAAAAUGACACAGCUGAUAUUGUCUGGGACGCUUUCUUAUCACCGGAACUUAACAAUUUCUUAAUCAUGUUAGAUAGAGAGGAACAGGAACAUCUCAAUCAACUUAGGUUAAAAUAUGAUUGCUUAAGAUCAGAAUUAACAAGAUACAUUCAACUUAAAGAGAUUGAAGAACAAGGUAUUCUUGUUUGA